AUGCAUUUUAAAACGCUGCUCUCAUUCGGUUUAGCUGUGGCAGCAACAAGCCUAGCCGCAACCCCACCACCGCACCAACAAGCCAGCAUAACCAGCCCGCGCGAUACCCACUCCACAGCCGCCCCGGACGCAGCGCAGGUCACUGCGGUGCUUGACCGCCGUGCCACGGCCGACGUGCGCGAGUGCAGAUCUUCGGUCGACGCGCUUCGCAAGGCGCUCCCGGUGCCGCCUCCGGAGCUGGUCCGCCUGAUACUUGACCAGGUGAAUAGCGGCAGCAGCAGCAGCAGCGGUGGAGGCAACGCAGCAAUCUGCACCUUGACGCUGCCCGAAGACCCGUGGAGCAAAAUAUUUGGCAGCUGGUGGGCUGAGAGGACCUCGUACAGGUCCAUGUCGUUGACGCGACUCGCCGAGAUUGCAGAAAAGUGCAACGGCGGCGGUGCGGUCAGGAACAGGACCAUAGCGGCAACGAUCAAGACCACCACCACCACCACUACCGAAGAGCCAUGCGCAGGUACCACUACGGUUUUGUACAGGGGGGGUGGUGACGGAGCGGGGACGACCAAAACGGAAACAUAUGUGCUGGCGGCGGCAGCCAGUCAGGAGACGGGACAGGACGCGGGGCAGGGGAAUGCCGCGCCCGGGAGAGCGCAGGGGCCGACGGCAGAUGGUGUUGUCAUUUCUGGAUUGGUGUUGGUUGUUGCAUUCUGGCUGUGCAUGUAG